UCUCUGCGCAGGACGUUCCAAACAAUAAACGCGUGCGUGCUCGCCGAAACGAUAUCGCUACGUUAACGCAGAAUAAUUUCGUUAAAAAAGAAAAUUAUCCUAUCGAAAAUUAUCCUUUUGGAGAAUUAUAAUGGGAAAAGCGAUAGUACGAUUUCAUAGAUAAAAAUAGAAAUCAAAUAAAAUCGAGAGAGAGAGAGAGAGAGAGAGAGAGAAAGAGAAAGAUAUUUUUAUUGAGGAUCCAAGCAGGGCUAUCGCGUGUCCUUCGAUGAAAAUAAAAUGGCAGUGAUUUGGACCGUUGAUUACAGUCGAGAUGAGUGACAUUAUCAUAAAAGGACAUGAUAAUCUAAAAGAAUAUUUUUAAGAGGUUCCAUCCUACGUUUUAUUUUCUAGAAGAGAGAGAAAGAGAGAGGAGAGAGGAGAGAGAGAGAGAGAGAGAGAAAGAGAAAGAGAGAUAGAAAGUAAAGAUAUCAUUUUGCGCUAAGAUGGCUUACUACGCUCUCGUACGGAAAAAAUGUUGCUGACUUUCUUCUCGUGAUAUAAGAAGAGUUCGAGGAUCCUGCGCGGUCGCACAUGACGGGAAGGCGAAAAGAAAAAUAGUCGAUAAAAAUAUUCAUCAAUUCAAGAUCGUGGAAAGUCUCGGGACUUUUCGGAGAGAUGAGGUCGUACGACGGGGAGAGUAGUUCGACCGAGGACGAUGACCGUAGAGAAAGUAUACCUUCCGAAGCUCAUUUACAGCAAGGAUCCUGGCAACGUUCUGCGUCUCAUCCUACCUGGGCUUGGGAACAUCGUGCUGCUCAUCCAUUGGCUCCACCGUCGACAGCAUCCCUCGAGUCUAUGUACUCCACACCGGGAGUAUCUCAUCCGAGUGUUUCCGGGCCACCAACGAGUUACUCGACCACCGAACAUCCAGCGUCAGCGGCAGCGGCUGCGGCGGCGGCGGCAGCGGCUGCGGCUGCGGCGGCUGCUCCAGGACGUAGGACUCCUUUGGGGGCCGUAGGUCUUGGUGGAUUUUAUUUUCAACAGCAACCACAACCACACGCUUCGUCGAGCGCUUUGUCCGACGAAAAUAGGCCUGAUCACGAGAGACCAGGAGCAUCCAGACUCAAUUGUCCGCCAAAAUCAAAGACCACUCGUCAAGGGAAAAGCGUUCGAUUGAAUAUAAAUGCGAGGGAACGCAGAAGAAUGCACGAUUUGAACGACGCUCUGGAUGAACUUCGUUCGGUCAUUCCAUAUGCUCAUAGUCCGUCCGUAAGGAAACUGUCAAAAAUCGCCACCCUUCUCCUGGCGAAAAAUUAUAUUCUGAUGCAGGGAAACGCGUUAGAAGAGUUAAGAAGAGUAAUAGCCGUCUUGCAAUCGCCCCACGCUCAUACCACGGCUUUACCACCUACGCCUGUCUCCUACGAUCUUCUUCAAGGAUUCCCUGGAAAAUUGUUUCAAGGCGUACAGGAAAUGCAAGGACUUCCUGCGGGUGAUCCACAAGUUGUAACGUCAGGCGGUCCACCGACCGACGCUACCGUUGCCAGUGGAGAAUCGAAUUAAUAUUUUUUUAAAAUUUUCCUCGACUCUUUCAUAGACAUAUUUCAUACAUUGAUAGGUGCGAUCAUUGGUCGAACGAGACAAAAUUCUAUAUAUAAAUUAGAUUUCGUUUUGAUAUAUCGAAAUGAUCUUUCGACUCGCGCGAACAAGUUGAUCUCUUAAUAGAAAUAUAAAUUGAAAAAGUAGCAACUAUAUAUAAUGUAAUGUAAGGAUUAAGCGAACGAAAGUAUUAGAUGAUAAGUUUUAAUCCGUUGGACGAGUAACUCUAACGUAAAAUCUCGCAAGAGAAGAUUUAUAAUUUCUCUUCGAUUUCGAUUUAGAUAAGCGCAGGUAAUUUUUCAACGAUAUUCGUUCAAAAAUUGUUAAAGAAUAAUCGAGAGCACAUCGAGGGUUGGGUCAUACUAUCGUUGAUAGCCUUAAGACGAAAGUUAGCGAAAGUAUUAAUAAUUAAGAAUAAGAAGUAUUUUCUAGUCAAAAGGAAAACACCUAAUCGAGCAAUAAGAUGACGUGCGUGAUUUAGUCUUUCUUGUCAAGGGACAAAAGUCAUGCAGGACGAUAAACGAAACUUUAAAGUCCAGCCUGCAACACGAUAGUCAAUAUAGGAUGUGAUAUAUGUCGAGGUAUUCCAGUCAUAGAAUACAUAAAGAUAUUAAAUAUUCAUAUACAUACAUACAUAUAUAUAUAUAUAUAUAUAUAUAAAAUGCAUAAAUAUAUUUAAUAAUUUAAAGGAGCAAUCAGUUUACAGCUUAUUUAUAUACGCAAUAUAUUUACUAAGAGUUUAUUGCAUAUAUUGUGCCAAAGGGUGAAUCUUUUUAUUAAUAUCGUAAAAUUAGCGAGCAAAAAAAAUCCUUGUCUGCGAAUUUGUUAUAGAAAUCUUCAUUAAAAGGCGUAAUAAAGGUAUAAAAUAAAAGAGUUUUAUAUGUACGAGAUAACUUUGCAAAGAUCUAUCGGUAAAAUGAAUCUUAUAAGAAAAUCUCUACCUUAUCGACGCAUCUGUCGAUGCAACGUAACGUAGUUCGAACGUUUGGCCGCAAGUGGCGUAAUAACGAAUAGAAAAUUUCUACGUUAUUUCUUAGCAAAAAGGAAAACCAUUGCACCUGGCAAAAUGUGAUGACCUUUUCGUGAUGUUGCAGUUAAAUAGAUUGGCGCGAAUCGAACGUAGAAACAAUCGAACAGCUCGGUCGAUCCGUAUCUUUUGAUAGUCGAUAGACGUAGAUCAAACUCGAAGAGAGGAAAAACUAAGAUACGUGUCGCGCAACGACAAUAUCCACGCCCACGCCAAAAUUCUCGCAGAAAGGAAAACAAUCAACGGGAAGUAAAUUUUUCAAGUGGUCUCGCGCGAACAUUUCAAACGUUUCGAGUGUUCCACCGUCAGAGGACUCUGCGCUACUUACCUGUCACCUGAAUUUUUACCUGUGGCUCUUUCGCUUUUGACCAAUCGGACGUUCGACCCUGGGCCCUGCCGUCCCCCACUCCUCGACCUACUGCAGCCGUCCCCGAGCACGAAGCUAUACGUAGUUCAGAAAUUCCUGCACCGUAAGCGCGAAACGAUCGUCCCAUUAUAGCGUUCCCACGCUUCCUCUUCUUCGAUCGUGAUCCGUGUAAAGUGUGAAUCUUUUGGAGGAGAAAAAAAGAAAAAGAAAAAAUAGAAGGAAACGUCCUUCGAGUGGAUCGGGGAAAAAGAG